AUGACGCGCUUACUCUUUUACUUUUCUCUGACUCCACGUCUAUGCGCAUCUGUUCCUUUUCCUCUUAGCAAGGACAAGGACAAAUUGCUGUCCCCACCAGCGGACGUACGCAUGGCCGUUCAAGGAAAAAAGGAAGCUAAUCUGUGGAAGCCCAUGAUUCUGGCUGUAUGCUUCUUGGGUGUCGCGUUGACGGAAAUGGUGCAGGGAUUGAGCACCUGUGUCUUUGGUGUGGGACACGGCACCUGCCAGGAACUCCUACUUAUAGAUAUGGGAUCCUCGUCCUCAGUGGCUGCUGCUUCCACCGCUGCAAUCAGUCUCUUUACUACCGCGGCCGUGUCUAUCUCGUACUACGUUCUUGGACACAUCUCACUCGAUUAC